AUGCUCAGAUGCGUUGCAUUUUUUGGCAAAUUCUGCCGUCCACUACAUAUUCCAGAAGAUCACAACCUGGAAACAGUAAAGAGCGCGUUUCUUACGAGGUUUCCAGAAGCAAAAACAACGGAGAAUCUUCUUUUCCAGGUGUAUGACACUGAACUUGGCGAAUUUCUGGACUGGGAAGAAGGCACAAUUUUGACGCCAAGCUCAAAGAUAAGAGCAGUGCAGCUGGAGCCCCCAGAACUGCCAACACAACAUCCACUUGUGACGGCUGAAGUAACGCCUGCAGUUCCAACAGUGCAAAAAGAAGCUACACUGGAUCCCAAGAACUAUGUUUUUCCCACAGUUCCCAAAGAUAUCCUCUAUAACCUUUCAAAGGUGACCAAAAGGUCAGAAGUCACAUCAACCCUCCGUCGUCGCAUUAUUGAGUGGCUCAGCUUUGACCUUUUUCGUUACACUAUGUAUCCAGGAAAGCUUUACGAGGAAGCUGCACGGCAGCUUGUUUUUCACCAUGCUGUCUUGAAAGACUCACUGGGAUUUGGAUAUGAUUCAUGGCACCAUGGCAUGAAAUUCAAGUGCAAAUUUGAAAGGAAGAAGUUUUUGAAUGAUGGGGAGGUGGCAGAAAUGCGCCAAAAAUAUGGAAAGCAUGGUCAUCCAUCAACGUCAUCAUCAUCUACAUCGGCAAAACGCCUCUACAGUGAAGAACAUCUGAAAAGUAUUCAGUCCACUGAAGAUGAGCAGAGUGUGGAAAUGCACAUAAAAUCAAUGCAGCAAGAAAUGAAGGGUGCAACAAUAUCUCUGGAAAAACUCACAGACUCAAUGACCCGCACAUUUCAUGCUCGGCGGCAUUGGGUGAAAGAUUCAAGACCAUCAAUGUAUGAAUUGCUGCAACAGUAUCCGGCACUUGAAAGACCUGAGCUGAUCUUUCACGAGUUCAAAUUGCUUGGUGGGAAGCCACCAAUAAAAACUAUUGUGCAUGCAGCACAGAAGCAUGUUGACACAGUAGUAAACAUGAUGAGGGAAAAGAUGGAGCCGAUAACCUCACAGCUGCUGGGAAUGGCCGAAGGAACCAUGCUGACAACUCUUGCAUUCCUCACGGCUCUUCCCCGCACUGUUAAGGAAAAGUUGUCAUCAUUCCUCAAACAAAGGGCACCGUGGUUCAGCGCAGAUCCCUGUGUCAUUUUGGAUAAUGAUGAAUACUUGGGGCCAUGCAUGGUGCUUACAGAAAACCAGCUUUUGAAGGCAGAUAACCCCAUUCAAGCAAUCCUUAUGUGCUUCUGCCUUCACUGGGUACUAGAUAUUUGCUACGACUCUGCCUUUAAGGGGUUUUACUCUAUUCUAGAGAACGUGCUUGGACUGCACAGUGUGAAGCUGUCAGCGACAGCGAUUCAUGUGCUUUCUGCUUUAGAAUGA